GCCUCUGGGCCUGGAUUACCGUGUACUCAUGUUGUGGGCUUUGCUAGCCAAAGUUGGUGGGUGGGAUCAGGCCCAGUUGGACCAUAUAAGAAACUGGCCCAUUAGAGAAAAACCCUUCAGGCUCACUUCGUCCGCCGCCGCGUUCCUCUUCUCCCACGGAAACCUCGCAGCCGCAGCCGCCGAACUCGAAGCAGCAGCCAUGGUGCUCGCGCGCAAGAAGCUGAAGCAGAAGCUGCACACGCUUCUCCCGGCUGGUGAAGCCGAGGUGGAGGAGGCUCAUGGCGAGGAGGUGCAGGUCGUGAAGGAGCGGCUCGCCUCCUCCAAGCGGCCGCGCCCCAAGCGGCCGCCCAGGAAGAAAUCGCUCCCCGAAGUGGUGUUGCAGACGGAGGAGGAGCGGAGGGAGGAAGUGGAGAGGAGGAGAGAGGAGAGGAGGAAGGAGAAGAAGGAGAAAAGGAGGAUCAGGAGGUUGAUGGAGGCCGAGGCCGCGGCGGAGACGCAGCAGUUGGGAGGGGAGAUGGGGGCGGAAGGGGAGGGCAAGGAAGAGGCGUCGGAAGAAGACGAUCCUGCUGUUGAGUCUGACCAGCCAGUCGUGGCAGAGAAUAGGCUGCAAAAUCAAAAGGUGAAAUUGGCCGAAUCUGGUGUUGGGUCCGACAAUCCUGUUGCCGCAGAGCAUAGAGAGCAAAGUGUAAAGAAGGUGUAUGUUGGUGGCAUCCCGUACUAUUCAUCUGAGGAUGACAUAAGAAGUUUCUUUGAAGGAUGUGGCAGUAUCACUGCAAUUGACUGCAUGACCUUUCCCGAGAGCGGGAAAUUCAGGGGUAUUGCAAUUCUCACAUUUAAGACUGAUGCUGCUGCACAGAGGGCAUUAGCUAUGGAUGGUGCAGAUAUGGGAGGAUUCUAUCUGAAAAUCCAGCCUUACAAACAUAACCGUGAGAAGGAAGAUUUUGCACCAAAGUUGAUAGAGGGAUAUAAUAGGAUAUAUGUUGGGAAUCUACCAUGGGAUAUAACAGAAGAUGAUCUAAAGAAGUUCUUUUCAGACUGCAAAAUCUCGUCCAUCCGAUUUGGAACAGACAAGGAGACAGGUGAUUUCAAAGGCUAUGCACACGUUGAUUUUUCUGAUGGUACAUCUGUUACUGUUGCACUGAAGCUCGACCAGAGGGUGAUUAAGGGACGGCCAGUCAGAAUCAGAUGCGCGGUUCCCAAAAAGGAUAAUCAGAAAAUCAGUGAUAAUGGGAACUCAGAUCCUUCGAAGAGUAAGAUUCGGGCAUGCUAUGAAUGUGGGACCCCUGGGCACCUUUCUUCUUCUUGCCCAAAUAAGAAGGAUUCUGAAGUACGGAAAUGCUAUGAAUGUGGCACCCCUGGGCACCUAUCUUCUGCUUGCCCAAAUAAGAAGAUUUCUGAUGAAAACAAGGCUACUGUUGAUUCAGCUAUAGCAUCGUCAAAGAAGAGGCGAACAUGUUAUGAAUGUGGCAUCCCUGGGCAUCUCUCUUCUUCUUGCCCAAAUAAGGAUGCUAAAUUUGUUUCUGAUGAAAAUAAGGCUAACGUUGACUCAGCCACAGCAUCAUCAAAGAAGAGGCGAACAUGUUACGAGUGUGGGACUCCUGGCCAUCUCUCAUCAGCUUGCCCAAACAAAAGGCCUGCAGACUCUGUUCAGAACAACAGGGAGCCUGUUGAUGAUGCAAAGGCAGAACCACCUACCAUCAUAUCUGAGGAAAUGAAAGUCGGUGAUGAAUCGAAUUCAGUACCUUCAAAGAAGAGGCGGAAGUGCUAUGAGUGUGGAAUUUCUGGCCAUCUCUCGUCAGCUUGCCCAAACAAAAAGGUUGCUGAGGUUGUUGAUGAUGAAGUGAAAUGUGAUACUGGCUCAAACACUAUGCCUUCAACCAUUGUCGAGGAGAAGAAGGCCAGCGAUGACGCAAAAUCUGCACCUGCAAAGAAAAAGAAGCGGCGGACAUGUUAUGAGUGUGGCAUCGCCGGCCAUCUCUCAUCGGAGUGCCCAAACAAGGCAGCUGCGUAAGGCAAAUGAUUGUUGGCAUCUUGGGCCAUCUCUGCUCAGAGUGCCUGAACACAACUGAGCAAGGCAGUUGCUGAGGCCAAAUGAUUGUAGCAUUUGUUUUUGUUUUAAUUCUUCAGGAUUUAGUCCCAGUGUAGACCUUGUUUUGAGCAGCAAAGUUGUUAUCUCUGAAGGAAGAGGGAAGUUUUGUAGCUGGUAGGCCUUAAAAUAAACAACAUUAUUAUCUUUCCAUAUCAAAUUUUCAUUGCAUGAAAAAGUAUGCAUGGGAUUAUCACCCAAUUAUUGGAAAAGAGUUUGGUGGAAUCA